GGAACACAAAGUAAUAAGCAAGCUCCCGAUUUGGAAUGGCAACAUGCGAGACACAAGAGAGAAUUACAUUGGAUUACCGGCUUCUUUUGGUUCAAACUUCAUCUUUUAACUGAUGGGGUAAAGGGUGGAAAAGG